GAACAAGAGAACAAUCAUGGCAGGAAAAUGUCGGACAACAGGGUCUUCCUCACAGCAUCGAUCCCAUCAGCAGCCUUGGAGAUGCUAAACGUCGGUCACGUGACCGUGAGCCCUCGCUGCAGGCGGGAAUCCCACAGAGCGCGCGCGAGCUCAUUUUCCACAGGAUCACCGGCUGGGACAGGACGGACUUUUCACUAACGGCGACACACACACACACACACACACACACACACAGUUUUGACUGAAUGGUGUGCGAUUAAAUACUCUAAAUGUCCUGUCAGGAAGAGAAAACGGACUGCUCGAGCCAAACCGGUAUGAGUGGUCUGUUGGGUGCGGCGUGUGAGGCGUCAGAGGUGAAACGGAAGCGAAAGCAGCGAACUCUAACGCUGUGUGACGUGUGUAAUAUUCAGCUGAACUCCAGCGCUCAGGCUCAGAUCCACUACAACGGCAAAACUCACCAGCGCCGACUACGGCAAGCCAACAGGGCCAAAACCAGCGGCGGAGCCAGAAGCAGCACAGGAAGUCCAGCCCAGGGAGGUGCUUUGCUGACAUCACUUCCUGUUCAGCCCCAGAUGGACCUGAAGCACUUUCUGCCUCUGAGAGUAAACAGCUCGUCGCACCUCGGCCUCUUCUCCAACUUUAACGUGAUGGAUCCUGUUCAGAAGGCGGUUAUCAGCCACACUUUCAGCAUCGCACAAGCGCUGAAGAAAAAACAAAUCAUCACCUGCAAUAUCUGUCACCUGCGCUUCAACUCAACAAACCAAGCGGAAGCGCACUACAAAGGGCACAAGCAUGCACGCAAACUCAAAGCCAUAGACAAGCUGAAGAACAAGCAAAGGAUUCUGGGAAAGUCUGCGUGGAGGGAGAGAGAGAGAAAGAAACUAAUAAAAGGAGAGAUGGAGGACGGCAAGGGGAAGGACGGCAGCCUGUCAGAGAGGACAGCACCAAUCUGUUCAUCACAGGCAUCAAACCCAGAAGACGAACGUGUUCAGGGGAUCUCAGUCACGCUAACGCCCGUUUCACACACUUCUGCCUCAAAAAGGCUGUGUGAGAGCAAGUGUAUCCCAGAAUCCCCUGCUCCGGUGCCUCCAGCCGACCCGAAACGCUUGUGCGACUCUGAACCCGUAGUAAAGGGAUACAGAAACCGGAGGAAAUGCAGCAAGAGUCUUCACUGUCCUGUUUGUAAAGUGACCGUCAACUCUGGCUCGCAGCUUGAGGAUCAUUAUAAAGGCUCUAAACACAGACUGAUGCUCGGGGGUCGCUGCACGUUGCCACGAAAACGGGGCGGGAAAGUGGAUUCAUCCCGCGACAAGCCCCGCCCUAAACGGCCGUCCAUCAACUCCGCCUCCACCGACCAAUCACAUCACUGCAAUGUGUGUGAUAUAGACGUCAACUCAGAAGCUCAGCUUCAGCAACACAUGCGCAGCAGGAGACACCGAGACCGAGCGACUGGAAAAUCACAUAAAACAAAGUUCAGCCCGUACAUCAACAACUCAGCCCACGCAGUGUUACCGACCAAGCUCACACACCAGAAGGAACUCUCCAGAACGUUGACCUCCAGCUUCCUAACGUCGGCUCUCACCCCCGCCACCCUGUGCGCCAUGGCAACCGGGCCUUUGUCUCUAAGCCACGUUCAUCCGCCAGCCGCCAUAAUCCACGCCCCUCUGUUUAGCCCCACCCUCUUUAGACCCGCCCCCACCCUGAGGGCGGCUCACGGUCCAAUCGUCUUCUCUCCUUACUAAAGAGACGGACAUUUUCAGACAUUUCACAGGAAGCUGCUCAGGAACAGAAAUACGCAGAAACACAGAUUACGCUGCGGGAUGUUUAAUAUUUACUUCUAAAUACAAAACAUUUAAUAAAAAAAAAAAAAAUUCUGGAAAUAAAAAAGAAUUACUGUUACUGUCAAGCACUCGUUUGGGAUUCUCUCUGUAGCGUUUCUGCUCGAGUCUAAAUACAAUAAAUAAAAAAUUAGGACGUUUUUAGAAGAAUGUAAAGCAAAUAUUACAGAAAAAUAGAAAAUAUAUACAAUAUAUAAAAUUUUAAAAUUAUUUUAAAAUAAUAAAGAACAAUUAAGGAAAUUUUUUGUGGAAUAUUUAUAGAAAAAGUAAAGUUUUAACAGCAAAUCUAUGAAGGAAAUUUAACACAUUUUAAUGAAAAAAUAUAUAAUAUAUUAAAUAGAGACAUGUUUCUUACAAACUGUUUUUUUUUUAAUUGGAAAAUUAAGGAAAAAAUUUUAAAUCUAAAAGUAAGAGAAGUUUAACAAAAUGUAAAUAAAGUUUUACAGAGAAGUGUGGAAAGUUUUAAAUGAAAAUUAAACAGGUUUAUAAAAGUCAUUUAAUACACAUUAUAAGGAAAUUUAACAAAAGUAAUAGUAAAGAAAUUUUGAAAGAAAUAAAAAAUUUUAUUUUAAAAGUGAGGAAUUUUCAAAAUCAAAUUAAAGAAUGUUUUAACGGAAAUUUAAAGUCAAAUCAAAAGAAUAAAACUUAACUCUUCUUCCUCUGAAAUCCUUGAGGCAUCUCUUAAUAAUGCAAAUUUCUUCUGAAACUUUCUUUAGAACUGAGAAUAACUUUAAUAUAAUAUCACUAAACUUUCUUUCUAACAGCAAUGUGCUCUAGGCUUUGAAAAUGUUGAACCUGCCCCUUUUUACCUGUUAGACAUGUAUCACAUGAUUAAAGGAGUUAUAAUCAUGAUAUUUUACUGAUUUCAUUUUAGGAUUGAGAUUCAGGACAUCUUAAUUCUAAAGAAUUCGCAGAAAUAACAAUAUUUGAUUCAUAAUAUUGUAAUAAAAAAUCUUUUAAAAUAUUUUAUGUUAGAAACUAAGGGCAGCCAUUUUAAAAACGUGAUCAGGCAAAGUUUUUUUACAUUCACAAAUGUGCAAUACGAGCCAAGAGCUUCUUUAUAUUUGACUGAAAAACGACUACACUUUUUCAAGCUAACGUUGCUCAGUGUCCUCUCAACUUCUUAUCCAAGAGAUUGCUUUCUUCAGCCACUGACAAUCAGUUUCUGUCAUUCGUACGCUGAUUGAGGAUGAAAAAGAAAAUCAGGCCUCAAAUUAGCAUUAUACUAGCAUGUUAGCAUAGCGUAUGCGGCAUCUUUUGUCAGCGAGAUUUAUUUUCAGGGACAAUGAAGCGACACUGUUGGGAUGAUUUGUGCUAUCUCCAUAGAUGCCAUAACAUCUGUUAUACAGAUACAGACCAUAUAUCCUUACAGCCAUAUAUGUGUAAAUGUCUUUUUAAAAAAUCAAGUCUUACACACUGAGAAGUUCGUUAGCACUGGCAGUAAUGUUAGCAUUAGUUUCAACAUCUUUUUUUUGUGAUUUUAUAAACGGAAAAUGUUCUAUUGUACAUUGUAUUAAUAAAGCAUUAUAAAUAACUGAGUGCACAGAGGCUACGUUUCAAACC